AUGCUGAUAAGAAAAUUAAACACCUUUACAAUGAACAGAAACAUACGAGUGUAUCUGUAUUUCUCUAUAUGGAUAUUCAUGGCAUUUGCGGCGAUAGUGUUAAAUAUAAUGAACGUGGACUGGAACCAGACGGAAUAUGUGAACGGUGUAAUUAUUGUCGUGGUACUAGGGGUAUUACAGGGAUCCGUGUUCGAAUUCCCUGUACAAACGAUCGCAACACUGAUAGUAGGAGGCGAGACCCGCCAUAACAAAAAAGCCCGCUGCGAUCGUUUCACCAUUGUCCUUAACUAUAACCUGCUAGCCCUUGGCAGGGACGACAUAGACGAGUGUCUGGACACGAUGUUUGAGGCUUAUAUCGGUAACCUUAGUCCCAAUGUGUCCGCCGUUCUUGUUAGCGCCACUGGUGCCGAGGAGCUAAAACAGUACGAAACAGAGGUUGUGAACAAAUUCCGGAGUAUUAUAUACGAUCAGUUGUAUAAUGAGGGCAUAGCAUUCGCCAAGAGUGACCGCGAGUCAAUCGACCCCCUACACUACGACAACGUGUGGCAGAUGUACGAAGAUAUAGAUAAGGCUUUGUUUAUCAGGGAAUAUCUCCACCAGAUCUGUGACCGCUAUGCCAAAGAGUUCAUGGUCAUUCACAGAGUCAGCCGCGUGCUCCGGAAGUGUGGUCAAUAUCAGGACCUCAUGCUGCUAUCAGAAGGUGAUGACGUAGCAUACACAUACUGUGACGUAGAAUACUAUCAAAAGAGCGCGCGACGCUAUGGUGAACCACUAUUUCACCAAUCUGAGGAUGUCAGUAAUAUAUUUGGCAGAAAAUUUGACUAUACCUUAGUGUUGGAUGGCGAUACUGGGGUUCCAAGGGGAAUGGUUUUCGAACUCCUCGAAAUUGCUGCAGCCAAUCCCGAACGUGGAAUUAUCCAACCAUCUAUCAAACUUCACUGCUCCAAGACGGACACAAUCUUCAUGCAUCUCGAGUCAAUGCGUCAGGCUAUUUAUAGUCCGAUGACGAACGCUGUCAUGGCAUUGUUAGGGCAGUCUGCUUAUUUCGGAAAAGCAAUGAUAAAGAAUCGCAUAUACAUUGAUAAGGUGAUAGGCACGCGGACAAACUUGAUAGAGCGCGUGCCUGUGGACGUGCUCAGUCAUGACACAUUCGAAGCGGCUAUCUUGCAACCAAUGUUCGCCGGCUCUACUCAUCUAUUAGAGGCCCCUUCGUACAAUUUUGUCACGUGGAAUAUACGAGAGAGACGAUGGAAUCGAGGGGAAAUUUUAUUAGCCAUGUAUUUCUGGAAAAAUGGCAUCGGCAAACCAAUGCGUUGGAUACAGAAAAAGUUUCAAAAGGACAAAUUCAACAAAACGAAACUGAGGACAGAAUCUAAGUUAGACUUUGUGAGCUCCUAUGUGGCUUACUCUGCACUUCGGCAGAUGUUGAUGAAACCAUUGUUGUUGUUUUACGUAAUAAUUCACAUCAGCGUCCACCUCCGCUACAGGUAUGCUUCCAUCAUCAUCAUCAUGUUCCUCGUCCUCGUCUUCCCUAAAUUCGCAACGUGUACUAAGCACAACUACAAAUACGUCAUCCUGGAAACUAUUGCCUCCAUCAUUCAGUUCACACCGGAAGCUAUCAUCGGCUGUGUGCGCAUAGUAAAAGCCGUACAGGCAAAUUUGUUUGCGAAUGUCAAGUGGAUUCCUCAAAGGGCAGUAGAGGAGGAAUUUAGAGAAUCCAAUCCAUUUUGGUUUAGUUUCAAACAUUUGUGGGGAUAUUCCGCUUUUGCUUUGAUAUGUGGUGUGUUAGUGAUAUUGUUUUUACAGAGAGCUAUGUUGAUUCUUGUUAUGUUGAUAACACUCUUUCUGUUGCCAUUGUAUACUGGAGUGACAUCGCUUCCGAUAUCUGCCUCCCACGAAAAGAGUGUAGUUUCUAAACCGAACAGGAGCGCACACGUUGCCUACAGUGUGGCAGCGACACAGGGCGUUUAUAAAUCUUUAGGAACACUGCGUGCUUUCGGUACAUACACCGGAAGUUCUAAUGGUACAUUUAAUGGAAAUCCCGACAUGCCUCCGGUGUGA